AGUCGCUAGCUGGACGUGAUGUUGGCCGCAAGGGCGCCACGGCAUAAACCAAAGACCAAAGAGGACAAGCUAAAUGCCUGAAGGCAGCUCAUUGCCGCUGAAACAACAAGUACCUAACUGUUUGUAUGUGUGGGUGUGUGUGUGUGUGUGUGUCUGCGUGUACGUAUGCGUGUGUGUUCGUGCGCGCGUCUGUGUCAGUGUGAGUGCAAUGUGCAGCAUAGCUAAAAAGUAUGCUUUAGAAUUUUAUUAUCGCGCGCGUUACGUUUGACGUUUCGUUACGUUUCGGCCGACUCGCAACUUUGUGAAGUUUUGACGCGGCUUCCGUGACCCCACCAUAUACAUAUACAUACAUGCAUAUACAUACAAACAUAUAUAUAAAUAUAUAUAAAUGCAAUUACAUACAUUCGUACUACCUGAAUAAUUAAUGCAAUGCAAGCUAUUUGAACUCCGUUUUGGUGUCGUGUAAGCACGCGCGCUCGGUUUCAAAACUGGCCAUAAUGAUGAACAAGCUCAACGCUUUUGGUAACCAACGCAAUGUAUUAUUUUUUGGCCUUAUCAAGUGACAGGCGCAACGAAUUUGAAAAACUCAGCACCCCAACUCAACUUUAACUCUCUAGCUCAAGCUCAACUGCAGACCAAAUUGAAACGAUUCAAGAAAUAACAGGAAACCUUCAAGGGAAUACAUAACUACUACUACUACUACUACUACUACUACAACAACAACAACAACUAUAUUAUACUAUAUUUUUCGAUGCAGCUUAGUACCUAACUAAAAGUACACAUAUAGAGAGACAAACAUAUGUUUAUAAAUCUAGCGCUAACUGGCAACAAAUUUCGAAUCAUAAAUUAACGUAAUAAAAAUUGCGGCUCUUGACUUUUCGCCGAAUUUUCAAAAUCGAGCAGAAGAAAAUUAAAUACAAAAAAAAAAAAACGAAAAAAAAAAAUUGAAAUGUGUCUGCAGACCAAAAAGCACAAAGCAAACAACAAAUAACUAAUAAUAAUUUUUCAAAAUUUAUACGAAAACAUCCAUACAUAUUUACGAGUAGCUAUGUGAAACUGCGGCUAAACCAAAUGGGCAGACAGCUUGGCCAAAUAUAUUUCGAUUAAAAUAUAAAUGAAAUUAAGCUGGACACGGCACUGACACAAAAACCAAAUAGCGUGCCAAGUGUUUGAGUGGAAAUUUGUAUUGUCUGCCAAUAGUAGAUGGCACAACAACAACAACAACAACAACUACAAGAAGAAGAGCAACAACAACAACAAAGAGCAACAGCAGCAGCAGCAGCAGCUGCAACCAACAGGUUGCCAGCAACUCAGCAAACUAGAAACUGGAAACAUUUGCCCGCAGACGCGGCAGAUCCAAGAAAAGCGCAAAGAAAAACACUUGCGAAAAUUAGCAGCAGCAGCAACAGCCGCUGCUGCGGCUGCGGCGUCGACGUCGGCCGUGUCACCUAUAAAUAGUGUGCACUGUGCGCGUGACAGCUGUGACAAACGGUGACGUCAUUGCCUGGAUGGCCGCUCGACGCUCUGCGGCGACGUCAUCAAAUCAAACAGCUUAGCAGCAAAUUGUACAUCACGUAUACGCCGCGUAUAUUGGCCAGGCCAAUAAACACAUCGUACACACAUUAUCAGCAUCUCUCUCCCUCCCCCUCUAUCUGAGUGUGUGCUGGGCAAAAAAUGUGGCAAAGCUAAAUCGAACUGAUAAGAUCAGCUAUAUAGCAUAUAUAUACCAUUAAAUACAUAUAUAUAUAUAAUAACAAUAUGCGCAGAGUAAACACACGAAGAGCCAUGAGAAUCGCACGAAAGCACAGCAAAAAGAAAGAAAAGCGGAACAAAAACAAAUAUUGUCAAAAUAGCAACUGAAAUGCUUACAAGCUGCUGAGCCUCAGUCUAAAUUCAUCGUCGAUCGGCGUCGUUGAAUGCCUCGCGUUGCUGCGAGCGUCUUUUCUUGGCUGUGUGUGCCGUGAGUGUGCGUGCGCGCGCGCGAGUGUGUGCGCGUGUGUGUGUGUGUGUGUGUAUUGUGGUGUGCCGUCUCUGUGGUGUGAACUAUAUAUAUUGAUAUAUACAUAUAUUUAUAUAUAUUUAAUGCGAUAUCUGGCGCUAGACGCGCGUAAAAAGUGGAAAGCGGCAACUGGACGCCUCUUGAGUUUGUUAAAUCGACUUAAACGAGCUACGAGAAACGCGAAGCAUCAACAACCAAGUAACAACAAAUAAAUAAACUAACAAAAACACAAAAGAAAAAAAAAACCAGAGCAAACGAAAGCAAAUUGAUUUUUGGUGCAAACAAUACGCAAGAAAUACGUGUCAUAAAUCAUAAGCAAUAAUUUGUGCUAAAUCCGUUUCAAACUUAAAAUGUCAGCCAUAAAUUCAAGCAAAGGAUUUCACUUAAUACAAUUGCAGCUGCUCUAAAAGUUAUGGCCAGCAUGCAACGCUCUAAAUGACAACACGAUCCCAAAAAGUUCGAACUCGCUUUGUGAUAAACCCAAGUUGAAUAAAGUACGCGCCAAGUAGUUAAUAUAUUUAUGCCAUAUACUUAUACAUAUAUAUUUAAUUAUUAACUAUACGUAACUCUUUUUAGUUUAUUGAAAUUCAGUUAGUGAGACUUUGAGACAGAACAAAAACAACAUUAUAAAAGACAAGUUGACACUGCAAGUACUGUAACUGUAACUGUAACUGUAACUGCAACUGUAAUAGAACUUCCCAAUCCUCAAGAAAAAGACACGCCCCCUUAAUCGAUAGUUAACACAUUUAGUUAGAGCUUAUUAACUUGACAACCUUGAUUAGUUAGGGAUUUGCCCGAGCGCUCUGAAUAAUAAUUCAUAGAGAGCUGCCACCAUGUCACAUGGGUACAUUGAGGAAUGUACGUAAUAUAUCCCGCCGAUGAGCUCAUCCUAAUGACAUAUGGUCUCCUUGCACCACGUGUGAAACCGCGACCCACACUCGACUGCCUGCGCGAGCCGCUCAUACCCCUUGAGUAUCCAGCGAGAGCCGCAACCAGCUCCAACGUCAAAGGCAACGCCAACGUCAACUUGAUAAGCGCCGCCGCCGCUGCCGCCACCAGCUAUCCCAACGACUCGUACAGCACAGCACAGUGGUCGCCAUCGUCGAGCUUAGCCACAGGUGUCACCAGAGCACAGCCCAUCCCGUCACGCAUUCCCACAACGUUAGCGGCGCCCACGCCGUCCAAUUCACCACAGGGGCAGCCGCAGUCGCCACUCGUCGAGGCCGGCGGCAUUAAUUUUUUCAACUUUGAGCCACCUUUGACGGCUGUCCAGGUACCGCAGUCGCAGAGCCUGCCACCCACGCCCACACGACGCACAUCGCGCGCCUCCUUGACGCACUCCAACCACAACUCCGGCGGCAGCAAGCGGUCCAGUGUACGCAGCAAUCGCUCGCAGGCGCCGCUCUCGCCCAGGCUGCUGCCACAUCAGCGUCCAUUGAGCACGUCCAUGUAUAAUAAUGAUGCCAACAUGCAAGGCGGCGGCAACUCAGCAUCUGGACGCGCACCAUUCCAGCGCAGCGGCAGCGCGUUCGAUGAGGAGGGACGCCUGAUCGAUUAUGGAGCAGCCGCGUCUGGUGCUCUCGUCACGGCACGUUCGCGCAGUCCCAGCGUAUUUUUGGAGCCACCUUCGCCAGAUCCCACACAUGCACACUUCGGGCCCGGCUGGGGGCGACCCAUGUCGCCCAUGGAUCUGCCGCCGGAAUGUUCAGCCAGCAGCAGUGUGCCCAGCAAAUCGCCCACCGCCAGCAAAUCCCGUUUGCGGCCUAAGCUGCACAUACCGCUGGGCCGACUUGGUCGUUCCACCUCGUCGGAUACGCGUGAGCGUGAGAGUAAUCGGCUGCGUGAGGAUGUGCAUGUGCAUGUCGAGAAUCCGGUAUUCAGCAGCGAGAACCUGCGCCAGAACAACUUCGAUGCAUUUUUUGAGGCACGCGAACCGGUCAUCAAGCUGCAACCGCGCACGCCCCACUCGGCGACAGCGGACGGACGCGGCCACUCGCCGCCGCUGGAGAACUAUGCGGGCGUCUAUGGCACACCGCGGACGCGAACUCCAGCUGGGGGCACAGGCGGCGGCGGUCUAUUUGCGCGCUUGUCGCGCGAGGAACGGGAGCGUGCGCUCAGUGCGCGCUCCCGCAGCGCGGAGCAUUGGGAUGAGGCGGGCGGUGCUGCUCCGGCGCCAGGUGGUGCUGCUCCGGCUAGCGCUGGUGGCGGUGCGGCGCACUCCAAAGGUGACAGAUUCUUUGGCAAAAUCUUCAAGUGGUCCAAAAAAUCGUAAGUUCUUCGGGUGGAGGGGGCCACGCGGUGGUUCCCUUAGCCCCCAG